AUGGAAGUGUUUGUUAUACCUGAAUGUUCUCCACAAUUGAAGCCUGUGAUUGGUCAGAAGUUCCAAUCCUUAGAUUUUGCGUUUGCGUUUUAUGAUGUGUAUGCCCGCGCUGUUGGGUUUGAUACGCGCAAACAAGGUAUGAGGAAGGCGGCGGAUGGUGUUACUACUUGGUUUUAUGUGGUAUGCAAUAGGGAGGGCUGCAAGAGGUCGAACGAGGAAGACGAUGUUAAUGCACGCUCUGGUUUUACUCUUAAACGCAGGCGGCUUUCCAAGCGGUGUGGUUGUAAAGCUUGUAUAUCCUUCAAGUACUUUUCCGAAGCAGGAAUACCGGGAUAUAUUAUUCACGAGUUCAACGAGGUUCACAACCAUUGUAUGGUGGAGUCGGAGCAUCAGCAGUUUAUGACACUUAACCGGAAGUUGGAUGACGUACAUCACAAAUUCAUUCUUGACUGUUCCAAGGCUAAUAUAGGCCCCACCCUUACCUUUAAGGUGUUGAAGGAAAUCCUCGGUGGGUUUGAACUUGUCGGUUGCAAUCUUGGGGAUAUUAGGAACACAUCUCGCGACAUCAAAGCAUUCGCACACGGUUGUGACGUGCAGAUGGUGUUGGACGACAUGGCGAAGAAGAAGGAGUUGUCGGAUGCCUUCACAUAUCACUACGAAGUUAAUGCUGCUAACCAGUUGGUUGCCCUUUUUGGUGUGAUAGUUUGA